CAGAUGUUAAGGUGGUUAUUAGUUCGCUGAGAAAAUUUAUUCCUCCUUUAAUAGUUCAGUCUUCGAGUUUACGUUAACCUGUGAUGUUCGGAAAUGUUUUUUUUUUUUUAUUAAUAACUAUUGUCACUUAUUUUCAUUGAAGUUGAUUAUAUUUUUAAUAUUCGUGAUAUAUAUCCCAUUGAGCCUAUUCUUCAUUAUGUCGAAAAAACAACAAGUCUUGUUGUUCAUGCAACUAAUUGCAUUUGCUAUGAGCGAUUGUAAAUCAAAUUUAGUAACGGUCCAAAAUUGGGGAUCGGCUAAUGGACGAGACGUAGAAAAAUAUACGUUAAAAAAUGAAGCUGGUCAAGAAGUGGAUAUUAUCACGUACGGUGCGACGAUAACUAAUAUCAAAACACCAGACAAAUAUGGCAAUGUAGAGGACAUACUACUUGGCUUCGAUAAUAUAUCUGGCUAUUUAUCUUCCGAUAAUCCGUAUUUCGGUGCAACGGUUGGUCGAGUCGCAAAUCGUAUUGCAAAGGGACGUUUCGUUUUGGAUGGUAAAGUAUAUAAACUAUCACGAAAUAACGGCGAGAAUAGUCUUCAUGGAGGUACGAAAGGUUGGAGUUUUAAAAUAUGGAAUGCUACAAUCGAUAAUGAUGCUGUCGUGAUGACCCUGUUAAGCGAGGACGGAGACGAAGGUUAUCCUGGAGCCGUAAUCGCAUCAGCAAAGUUUAGAUUAUCGAACGAUGGAAGAUUGUGCAUUGAAAUGAAAAGUUUCGCUAGUAAACCCACUCCCAUUAAUUUAACUAAUCAUGCGUAUUUCAAUCUCGCCGGUCAUGGAACUAAUGCAAAGGAAUUGUACAAUCAUCGAAUCGUUCUCAAUGCUGAUCGUUGGACUGUUACGGAUUCAAACAGUAUUCCUACCGGAGAAAUUAGAUCUGUUAAGAAUAGCAUAAUGGAUCUUAGAAGACCGACGGUACUCGGUGAUGUCAUCGAUAAAGUACCUGGCGGUGGAUAUGAUUACAAUUUUUGUUUGCCCGAAAAAACUGAUAAUACCAAUAUGAAUCAAUUCGUUGCGGAAGUCGAACACACAAGUUCAGGUAGAUAUAUGACAGUCCAUUCGAAUCAACCAGGUGUCCAAUUUUAUACAGCUAAUUCUCUACCUGCUUUUAAUACCACCGGUAUAUCUGGGAAAGAUGGAAAACAUUAUUUUCGACACGGUGCUCUAUGUUUGGAAACACAAAAUUAUCCUGAUGCUGUUAAUCACGCAAACUUUCCAAAUAGUAUUCUGAGGCCAGCGCAAUUAUAUUUGCACACUGUCUGCUACAAGUUUGGAGUUAAGAAGUAAAAGAAUUUUAUAUAUAUAUAUAUAUAUAUUCAUGAAAAGUAAAUAGGAGGUAUAAAUAAAUAAUAUCAAUAAUGCA